CAGCACCACCCACAACCAAACACCACCCGCUGCCCACCUCGCACAAGCCCCCGACGAUUCACGCCACCAAGCUUAAUCCGACCUCACCGCAUCACAAACUCCCCACUCCCGUCGUCAUACCCUCGUAGCACGCGUAGAAGCAACGGUUACACAGGAACGUCCCAUGGCCAUGCGGGUCAAGGAUCUUAAUUUUUACCCCGCAGUCCCAGAUAUGCAAUGAUCAGUGCCCCUUCUCCACAUUUCAGAUGCAUCGAGUCUACGAAGUUCGGGGUUUGAUUACCCGGAUGCUCUACUGCUAUGGGCCGUAGUAGUACAAAUCUCAGUAUUCAUAUAACGUCACAAUUCCUCAAGUCGGUCCUCAAUAUGCUCAUUCCAAGUUCGCCAAACGUGAGAUAUUCACAAGCAACUCACCAGCCAUGCGCCAUCUGAACCCCCAAACCCUCCUCCUCUUCACCACACUAUCCCUCUCCUCCCCAACCCUCGCAAAGGCUCUCCCACACAAACACCACCCAAUCCCCGCCGACGACUUCGUCUACGUCUCCAACCUCCGCCUCAAAGACUCCCGUGGCCUCCACUACCUCACCGGCCUAAACUACUGGGCAUGCAUGAACCUCGCGGCCCCCGCCUCCCAAGGCGGUAACUACACGCGCCUGACCACCGAGCUCGACCAAAUGGCCGCAAAGGGCGUAAACCACCUCCGCAUCAUGGCGGCCUCCGAAGGCGCCGCGACACCGCAACCCUUCCGCAUGGCCCCCGCGCUGCUCGACGCGCCGGGCGUCUACAACGAAGAAGUGUUCAGAGGGCUCGACGUAUGUCUCGACGAGAUGGGGAAGCGCGGGAUGCGCGCCACCAUGACGCUGAACAACGAGUGGCAGUGGAGCGGGGGGUUCGCGCAGUGGGUUUCCUGGUCGCAAGGUAACGAGCAGAUUCCGUACCCGCCGAGUUGGAACUUGAGUGCCGCGCCGCAGCGGGCGACGCCGAGGACGGGCUGGGGAAAUUAUACGGUUGAGGGCGUGGAUGCGGAGAGUUAUGGGGCGUUUACGGAGUAUGCGAAUCGGUUUUAUACGGAUGGGAGGGCCGAGGAGUGGUGGAAGGAGCAUGUUAGGACGGUGGUGGGGAGGAGGAAUACGGUCAAUGGGAGGUUGUAUGGGGAAGAUGCUACGAUUAUGACAUGGCAGCUUGCGAAUGAGCCGCAGCCUCAGGCGCCGCUGGGGAACGAGGGGCCGUUUAAUAAGUUUCUGGUCCCGAAUCCGGAUGAUCUGUUGGUGCCGUGGGUGGAGAGGAUAUCGAAGUUCAUCCGCGAGUUGGCGCCGAAGCAGCUUGUGAGCGUGGGGUUGGAGUCGAAGCAGGGGGAGUGGUAUUUCAAGCAGGUGCAUAAUUUCUCGACGGUGGAUUAUGCUACUACGCACUGCUGGGUCCAGAAUUGGGGUAUCUAUGAUAUGUACAAUUCGAGCGAGGCGAACUUGAAGCAGGCGCAGGACUUCGCGACGGCUUUCAUGCGGAAUUCGAGUCAGUGGGCGGUUGAUAUUGGGAAGCCAGUGUUCUUGGAGGAGUUCGGCAUGGCGAGGGAUAAUUGGGAGAAUAAGGGCAAGGAAUAUCCGUACCUCAGCAGUGCCGGAACCACGCACAAAGAUGCCUAUUUCAAUAGCAUUAUCGGUGCGGUAAUCGACGAAUUCACGGGUAAAGGGGCGUAUGUGGGCACUUGUCCUUGGGCAUAUGGCGGAAUUUGGAGGCCAGAGACUCAAUAUGUGAAUGACUUCGGGCUGGUUUGGGCUGGAGAUCCGCCGCAUGAGAGUCCAGGCUGGUAUGAUCUCUACGAUACGGAUGAGGCUAUGAAUAUUGUGUCCGACCAGCAGAAGUAUAUUGCUGAGUGGCUCAAAGACAACAAUUACUAGGGUUAGGGUUAGGUAGUAUAUAUGAUUAG